AUGCCAACCCUUCACAACAUCUCCAAGGCAUACCCUCUCGAUCACAAUGUUGAGCCCCAUCUUUCCAGACGACAUGGACAAUCUUCCAAAACAUCUGGUGGUUCUAGCGACGACACCUAUGCAACUUGUAUCGAUGGAGUCUACCAACCCAAGUGGAUCAUCCAGCGCGCUGCCAACAACACCAACAGCCCCGUCUACACCCUCAGAGGUGGUCUCAUCUUUCUCAUUGCCGUCCAUCUCGAGCUAGAGGCCGUCCGCCUCCUCCGCCAGACCUCCCGUAUCUUCAGAGACAAUGUCCCGGCCUGGCUAGCCGAGCCCCUCUGCUACACCGACAACAGCAGCAGCAACGACAACGACCCCAAUCUUCAAAAAAAAAAGCAGACUGAACUGUUGUUCACCAACGACACCCUGUGCCAGCCCUGCCGCAACUUUAGAGACGACGGCCGCUACAACAAGGCCCUCCAGGCCCUGCACAAGGAGCUCUGGUGCAGCGGGUGCAGCGAGUACCACACCCGCGCCAUCUUCUCGGCCAAGCAGGCCCAAAACAAGUCCAACGCCACCCGCGUCUGCAUCCUCCACGAGGGCCGCGUGCGGCUCUGCGCCCAUGCCUCUCGUGACUGGGCCCAGCUGCACGAGAGCGCCGCAAGGUUCCUGCGCUUCGGAAUGCCGCAGCGGCUCGUCUGCUGGCACUGCAAGUACAACGACGAGGACUACGAGGUGCCCGUGCUGCGGGUCAUUCCUCGCCACGAGCGACUUUUCAUGGGACAGGCUGAGGACGAUCUGGAGUAUGGCAUUGUUCCUGUCUCCAUAAACACGCGGAAUCGUGUGCUCUCACUUGAUCAUGCCGGCCCCGUCACCCGGAAGGCCCUCCAAGACGCCCUUGAAACUCAUCGUGAUACUUUGGGCUGCAUGCUCUGUCCACAUUUCACUAUUGAUGACGACCGCCUCAUGCUGCUGUCCUUUGGCCCAGACACGUGUGCCUGUUUCGACCCCGAGCCACAGAAUGCGCACGACUGCUGCGGGUUCGAGCACGGAUGCUGCAGAUGCCGGGCGAACAGGAACGACGGCCGUAGUGGCUUGUUCAUGCCUGCUUUCAAGGUAGAGAAGGGCAGGCUGUGGUACGGUGGGGGAGAGGGAGGUGAUCACCAGUGGCGGUGCCAGGACUGCGACACGGUCUACUGGUGGGAGCGACAGGGCAAGGAUGUCUUUGUCCACGUCAAGAGGAUGAUUCCCUUGCGCUCUGAGCGCGAGGGGUGGGAUGGCUUUGCGGAGAAUCUUGACCCUGUGUCCUGGGGUGCUCAUGAAGACGAGGCCCUGCGUGGUGUGGCGUACUGUGAGGACGACAAGUGUGCACGGCGGCGGGGCUGGGCUUGUCUUACCAAGCUGGGGCGGAAGAGUACCCUGGAGGCCUGGAACCCUAUAGAGUCUUGGUGGUGA